CGACAACAGUGAUUCAGAAAAAAUAAAAAAAACUCUCUCUGAAGGCCCACACCCGCGCCCACUUUAUGGAGGAAGAAACAGAGCAUUCGCAGAAAAUUCCAAAGAAUUGGAUACACAUUACAUAGCAGCAGGGAAAUCUUUUUGGUUGACUAGUGAACAAUAAUGAGUAGCUUGUUCAGAGGCUCCCCGUACAGGCGGCGACAUGAACUGGAGGCUGUCGAAGAAAGAGGCUCUAACGGCUCCGACGAUGGGGAGGACGACGACGCGUUUAGUCCUUUUGAUAUAUCUAGCACAAAAAACGCUUCUGUUGAUCGUCUGCGCAGGUGGAGGAACGCUGCGCUUGUGCUUAAUGCUUCCCGUCGAUUUCGAUACACUUUGGACUUCAAAAAGGAAGAAGAGAAGCAGCAAAUUCGACGAAAAAUAGAAGCACAUGCACGAGUCAUAAGAGUACAAUAUAUCCCUUAAUCUUAAUGUUCUUUU